CCUCCAGGCACUGCACAAGACCAUCAUCAUCAUCAUCAUCAUCUCUCCGUCUCCCGAAAAGAAAAUGGACUGCUUCGACCGCCUGCCGGACUCCAUCAUCGUCGACAUCUUCAACGCCGUCUCCGACGUCAAGUCCCUCGCGUGCUGCGCCGCCGUCUCCCGGCGCUUCAACGCCCUCGUCCCCCACGCCGACGCCCUCCUCCUCCGCGUCGACCGGGUCGUCCCGGAGCCGGACCGGACUCGCUCCUCCCCCUCCUUCCUCCGGACCCUCCUCAGCUCCGUCCACCACUUACUCUCCCCGAGCCGCCCUGAGCCGCCCAACUACCCGGCCCGGGUCCUCCGCGGGUUCUCCCGGAUGCGGGACCUGGAGAUCGAGCUGCCCUCCGGCGACCUGAUGCUCGAGAAGGGCACGGUGGUGAGGUACCGGGCGGCGUUCGGGGAGAGGCUGAGGAGCUGCGUGAUCUCGGGUUCCGCCACUGGCGCGGCGGGGGCGGCAGGGGAAGCGCAGGACGGCUUCGGGGAGGGGCUGACGGAGCGGGUGGCGUGGAUCGUGAGCGCGCUGGUGGGAGCGUCGGCGCGGCACCGUGUGGCGAAGGAGGUGGCGACGGAGCAUGAGGGAUUGGCGCGGCUGGCGGUGAGGGACAGGGACGGGGAGGGGGAGGUGGUCAUGGACAAGCUGGGGCUGAGGGAGGCGGCGGCGGCGGCUGCGGCGGCGGCAAGAUCACAUGGCGAGGGGCCGAGGACGGUGGUGUCGACGCUGAGGAUGUCAAUGAGGCACCAGACGACGGUGGAGAUAGCGGGUGGCGCCGGGAUGCGCCUCGAGGUGCCCAUGCUGGUCGUCGUGAGGCCCGACGAGGAUGACGGCGCGCCGGAGGACGAUGCCGAGCUGGCAUUGGAGGCGUUCGGGAGCGGAGUUUACGGGGAGGUGGUGAGGGCUUUGCUCAAGAGCAAGAGCUACUCGAUGGAGAUGAAUUCUUACUGAAAAAAAGAGUUGUUUUUCGUAUAAAAUGUGUAAUGUAAACAUUUUCUUUUCUUCUUUUUCCCCUUUUCUUGGGAGGUCAUUAUUCUUUCUGAUUAAAAAUGUAUUAAAUGGUUAGUAUAGAGUAUCUUUCUGUAUGGCUGUUUAUUAAAUUGAUGUCCAGAUUUUUGUUAUAAUAAUCGAAAUGUGGGUCAAAUCAUCUUGCAUCAUGACAUUCGAGGAUGAGGUCCGACAUAUGAUUUAGAAGUUAAAA